AUGAAUAAUCCAAUGCAAGUCCACAGCAGCCAAAACACAGACGAGACAAGAAAAGCGAAAAGCCCGGCAGCCAUAUUCCUUCGCACAUGCGCAAAUGAAUCUUACCUGUCCUAUAAAGAAGGCCUGGGAGCAGCUCUGACAUCUUUGGCACUUUUUCUUUCUCUCACCACGCUCAUUGUGAUAGCAAUCUUCAGGUUGCAUUCAAACACUCCUAUUGUGAAAGCCAACAACUGGAGCAUCACAUGUAUCCUGCUUGCCUCUCUGCUCCUAUGUUUUCUCUGCUCCUUCUUCUUCAUUGGAAGACCUAGCAAGGGGACUUGCCUUUUAAGGCAGGCUGUGUUUGGCAUCACCUUCUCCAUAGCUGUUUCCUGUGUACUAGCCAAAACAAUCACUGUGGUUCUGGCCUUUGUGGCUACAAAACCAGGGAAUAGGAUGAGGAAAUGGAUGGGAAAGAGGCUGGCAAUCUUGGUCAUUGUGCCUUGUUCUUUGAUUCAGAUUGUCAUCUGUGCUGUUUGGAUAGUGAAGAAGCCCCCUUUCCCAGAAUUAGAGAAGCAUUCCCAAAUGGGUGAGAUCAUAGUGCAAUGCAAUGAAGGUUCAGAAAUCAUGUUCUACAUUGUGCUGGGCUACAUGGGCCUUCUGGCCGUGGUCAGCUUCACCGUGGCUUUCUUUGCCAGGAAUCUGCCUGACAGUUUCAAUGAAGCCAAGUUCAUCACUUUCAGCAUGUUGGUGUUUUGCAGUGUUUGGAUAUCCUUCAUCCCCACCUACUUGAGCACCAAAGGAAAAUUCAUGGUAGCCGUGGAGGUUUUCUCCAUAUUGGCCUCUGCUUUUGGUUUACUGAGUUGUAUUUUCCUUCCCAAAUGCUACAUUAUUAUAAUGCGGCCUGAAUUAAAUAAGAAGGAGCAAUUGGUAAGGAAAAAUAAAGAUUGA